AUGGCCACGAGCGACGGUGAUCGCGACGGCGCCAACUUUAACGCGACGCCGAUCGUGGGCCAUCUCCUCGUUCUUGUCAACGGGUUUCUGCAGACGCUGGCUGACACUCGACCGGCCGUGGCCAAGCAAGCGUGCAGUCUCCUCUCGUCGCUCGCAUGGCUGUGUGGCCCGUCACUGCGGCCGCUCUCCGAGGCCCUCCUCCUAUCUGUGUUUCACCUCGCGACAAAGAAGAAGCAGACCCAAGUCAUCGCGCUCUCGGCGCGCCAGUGCUUGCACAGCCUCACCAAGGCGACGCGGUACCCCGUGGCACUGCUCGAGCGCGCGUACAAGCAGGCCAAAGACGACGGCGACAAGCGCAUGCUCUGCGUCUCGCUCAUCGUGCUCGUCCUGCGCUUCUGGCCCCCCUACGAAGUCCUCGAACGGGCCAACUACAUGGCGAUGCGGCGUGUGAUCUUACAAAGCCUCUUUGACGACGACGCCGCCGUGCAAUCGCAAGCCCGGCUCGCGCUCUGCCUCCUCUGUGAAUACGGGCAAGAAAACAUCCGCUUCCUCCUCGAGCAACUACCGCACGAGGUCCUUGCGUGUAUCGCCGACGAGUUUCCCGACUCGAUGCUGGCGCAGCCGCCGGCGUGCCUCGAGUCGCCGUCCGAAGACGACGAUGAUGACGGCGAUGAUAUCAUUUUGUCCCCGAUCCUCGAGCUCGACGACGAAGACCACGAGUCGGACGACAGUGUCUUGCGCCGGCGUAAUCUCCGUGCGCGACCUGUGCUGCCAUCGCGCGACAUGUCGCUCGUGACACUGCGCAACGCUGCGAACCCGACCGAGCGGAAUGUGGAGCUCUCGUUUGCGAGUCUUCCGGACCACCUCUCGGCGAUCACCGAGGGCGACGAACCACCAAGCGCGUCGUCGACACCGCUCAAAGCCUCGCCGCGACCAAGUGAUACAUUGUCCGUCAACACACCGCUACCUGCGCGUAGCGUCCUCGACGUCAAGCCGCCAUCGCCGUCGCUCAUCCCGCGCCCGGUCUCCCGUCUCAAGUUCAAGGGACAAGGCCUACCAUCGGCAUCCUCACCGACACCAACCGCGACGCCAACCGCCGUGGAAUCCACGCCGCCACAAACAACAGAGGCUCCGGCCACUGCACGACCGCUUACAGUGCGCGAGGUGACACUUGCUGCUCCGACACCUCGGCGGCAGAUGACGCUCUCGAUGUUGCCGGCUGUUGUGGCCUCUGAAGCACCCGGUCGGAUGGCGUCACCGAUACCCGAGGCCGUGACGCCCAUUCGCGACCCGCGCGUCCCAACGAGCAAGCCAUCGCUUCGACCACAACGAGCUACCAUCUUUACGCCCUCGCCACCUUCGUCGGUCGCCAAGCCCAAGGAGAUUGCCGCCGCUGUGGUCGAAGAUGUGGCGCCAGUGGUACCGCCGACAGACAACGUACUACUGGACGAAGAACAACCUGCGUCGGCUCUCCUGCAAGAGCUUUGGGCGCCGCGACGACCGUCGUUCGACUCGGACGCGGACUUGAGCACGUCAUUGGAUGCUUCAUCUCUGCACGCUGGAAACGCCCGCGAGGAGCUCUUUGGCCCAAGCUGGAGCGUGAGCACGCUGUCGCCCAAGGAGGCCAACUGGGCAGACGACUUUGACUGCAGCGUCCAGAGCAUUGGCAGCAACCUCCUUCGCGACGACGACGACGACGAGGAGGCGCUGCGCAUGCUCCACGCCGAAUGGGUCCAGCCGACAGACAACGAGGUCCGCCCACCACCACCCCGGUCGCUCGUUGGCUCGCAGUCACUCGUGUCGCCAGUGCGCAGGACCGAGGAGGCGCCACACACGGUAGUUGCGCCACCGCCGAUGCCACUUGCAACGCCACUUGCUGCGCCAGAGACCUCGCCCCCGCCAACUUCAACUGGUCCACAGCUCCAAUCACCAAUGGUCCAUCCAUCAGUGCCCAGUGUCACAGUUCUAGCAUCACGACGGCUGCAGCCACUGCAAAUCGCCACGGACGCGGCGUUGGCCAUCGACUCGUCGGCGCAUCACGAAGCCGAGUGGGCGAUGGCGCCGCUGCCUCUUCGCACGAUCAACAACUCGACGCCAGUGGUCACGCCAGUGGUCACCAAGAACCGCGCGUCGCCGACCGAGAUUCCGCUGCGACAGCGGCGUCGUGUGGGGUCGGGCGCGUCAUCCCGCAGUAGCGACGCGUCACUGCGUCAAGUACCAUUGCCCACGACGAGCCAGCCAUCGCAGCGUCCGGAACCGUUGACGCCACCAACGACCAACAUGCGUCGUCCCCUCGGUGCAACACCUGGUCCAGUCUUCGAACCUCGCCACGACACAAAAGCGACGAAGCCAAAGACACCUACGACGUACCGUGUCCCUCAUCAUGGACGUCUCGUCGGGCGUGUACCACCGACGGCGGUGGCGCCACCACCUGCCGACAACUGGUCGACUUCGCCCGCGCCCAUUCCAGCUGCUGCCGCGACGCCGACACUGCGCUCGCUGCUCAUCGACGCCGCGCUCACGCUCAUCUGGUGGCUCAGCUUUGCCUUUUGC